CAACAAGGUCUGAGGAAGGUGAUAGUGAAGGCUCGCUGCUCCUCUACGGCAGGUUAUUUGGUAACAUUUAUGAUUGUAGGUGAAUGGUGGAGUGGGCGCGCUGGAUAUGGUAAGCCGGAUAGAUCAGAUCUAUCGUAGCAUUCUCCUGACAAAGUUCUUUGUUCGGGGGUGGGGCAAACCUGAAAAUCUCCGCAGACUUUUUGCCUUCCGAAAGAUCCUCUCCAACCGUGAAACAUGUCAGCAACUUGUCGACAAAAACCAUCCAAUUACUAUAACUAAGGAAGUUGACAAUGGAGAUCACAUAGUUUUGGAAGCAGAGUUCAUCUCCCCAUUUGUGGCUCACCUGCCGGGUCUUCUGCCCAAGGAAUCGGAGAAAGCCACCUUCCAGUUGGUGUUUCCUAAAGUAUGGCGGACUCACCUCAAGCCCACCUGUCUCCACCUAGCUGGCACAGGAGAUCACGGAUUUUGGAGAAGAAAAAUGCUUAUGGGGAAACCACUUCUGGACGAGUCAGGUAUCGCUUCAGCUAUAUUAGAGAAUCCCUUUUAUGGGUGCCGGAAACCCAAGGACCAAAUCCGCUCAAGCUUACACAACGUUUCGGACUUAUUUGUGAUGGGCGGUUGUCUCGUUCUGGAGUCUCUCGCCAUAUUCAACUGGUGUGAACGCCUGGGCUUUGGACCUCUGGGAAUCACUGGGAUCUCCAUGGGCGGCCACAUGGCAUCUUUGGCAGCUACCAGUUGGCCCAAACCUCUGCCGUUGAUCCCUUGCUUGUCCUGGAGCACAGCAUCAGGAGUGUUCACACAGAUGGCCUCAGCAGCCGCCACCAGCUGGGAUAAACCCCUUGCUAUCGUCCCUUGCCUGUCAUGGACCACAGCCUCUCAAUGCUUCACCCAGGGGGUGUUAAGCGGAGCCAUCAACUGGGAAAUGCUCAAGAAUCAGUAUUUCUCCAAUGAAGUGUUCAGAGAGGAACUGUUCGACAUGAUCCAGUCUCCGGAAGGGCAUUUUCCAGUGUACCAUGAAGUGGGACAGAAAUUUGCUCGGGACUUUCCAGGCAGUUUAUCCCACGUGGAGCAGCUCAUGCAGGACCAAGGCCAAAACCUACGGCAGCACAAGCACAAACUCGACGACUCUCACUCUGACAACAAAAAUGAAAUACGUAAUAGUGAGUUUAAGUCUGAUGACAUAAGAAGCGCUCAAAAUACUAGAAAGAGUAGCCAAGUUGAGGGCUCAGGCUCAGAGUCUCAGUAUUACACAGGCACGGUGCACAACGUUGCCGCGGGCAGAGGCGGUGGUCCUCUGGGGAUCAGUCUCUCUCUCCCGAGGUUUAAUAUUUUACAAAGCUUUGGUCUCUCAAAGUCAAAAGUCAGCAAGGGACAGCCAGCACAGGCUAAUAAAGAUGCCGCCACAUCAUCAAAUCACAUUCUUGUUGGAUAUAGAAAAUCAAAGUCUAAUAUAUCAAAGCCAGUUCAUGAGUUCACACCAGUGGGGAUCAGACCCAAGUCAUCUGCCAACACCAAGACCGUCAAGUUUGAUCCUUACAUGGAGGUCAAGGACACGUUAACCUGGGAGGCCGUGCAGUUCAUGCGUGGCGUCAUGGAUGAGUGUACUCACUUGGGGAACUUCAGUGUCCCGGUGGAUCCUUCGUUGGUGAUUAUUGUUGCUGCUGAAAAUGAUGGGUACAUGCCUCGUGAUGGGAUAAUUCCACUCAAUGAAAUAUGGCCAGGAAGCCAAGUUAGAACUAUCAGAACUGGCCACGUCACUGCCUAUCUGUUCAACCACCAGGUGUUUCGGCAAGCAAUCAAGGACUCGUUUGACCAAGUCAUAGCUAAAUACUACAGUUGAACGUCUUAUACUGUACACUUGUCAGCAGAUUAUCUGUAGGUUGGAAAUUAGUUAUCAUGUUAAGGCAAAGUUGACUUAGAAAUUACUAAAAGGUUUAGGAUUACUGCACUGCCAUAUUCUCUACAAAAUACUAUUGUGGAUUUAUUAUAUGCAAGUAAGAACAAAAUUCAUUUUUACAAACCAUGUGCUUUCUGAAGUGAGGCUUUACUAAUAGUGAGUGACCAGAGAUGUGUGCCUCAUGAUAGUGAGUGGCCAGAGAUGUGUCCCUCAUGAUAGUGAGUGGCCAGAGAUGUGUCCCUCAUUAUAGUGAGUGGCCAGAGGUGUCCCUCAUGAUAGUGAGUGGCCAGAUGUGUCCCUCAUGAUAGUGAAUGAGUGACCAUAGCUUCAAAGGCUAACCUUAAAAUAUUGCACACUAAUGCACAUAAAAUCUAAAAUUGAAUUUCUUUGUUACUGAUCUUUUAGUGCAUCUUUGACUUUCUCUCUGCUGAAGCAUUUCAUUUAGGAUGUGAAGUGUGGUGUAGUGUAGUGUAGGGUAGGUCACGUACAGUACGGUUGUAUUUUCAGAAUAAAGUCUCCAAAGAACAGUGUAGAUUAAAGUUUGCCACAAAGUGUGCAUUGGGACCUACCAGUUGUAACAUUCUUUUAGUUGUUAAUGCUGAUAUAGUUUUGCUACUUUUAUACAGAACCUGUGCUGGUUUAUGAAAAAUGUGGGCAAGAGGAAAGAAAACUUUUCAACAGUUGUUGAACCUGUGGUGUCUUAAAAUAGGACGGUGCUUGUCCCAACAUACUAAUGCCAGUGUGGGUCAUGUUUUUAAAACUAACUCCAGAUAUUGUAUCUUCAUGUGGUUUAUUAGAAAUGCCAAAAGCAUUAUGGAUAUAUAUAUUGUGGGGAGGUUUUAGCUUACGGUACUAUACUGUACUACUAAGAAGCUCCGCUCCCCCCAUCUCUGAAAGUGUGAAUUUGUUUGUGACUCCGACGGUAAAUAGUCUUUAUUUCAUUUUUUCCACAUAUCUUGAAAAUUAAUGUUUUCAAGCAGUUAUAGGUCUACAUACUGUACGUACAUUAAAUUUGGCAUUAAUUGUGUUAUAUCAAUGUUAAUCGAACAUUAUGUAUGGGCCAAUGAGCUGCAAUGGGAGCAGGGCUUGUACGGUUAAUAAAAAAUAAAUAAAAUAAAAACUAUACAGUAGUUGGUAACUGGAUUAAAUUAACUGGCUAAUCUUCUGAGUCCUGCUAACUUUGAAAGUGGUGUUCAAAUGCCAUAUGUCUUCAGUUCAAAACCCUUUUUAAUUGUUUUUAAUUUUAGCAGGAGUCUUCAGGUGGUUGACAUUAACUAACAAAACUUUUUAGGAUUUUUCAGUGCUUUUUGUAGCUUCUUGCAAAUCUUUGAUGAUAAAUUGUAUUAGAAAUUUGAAAUGUGUGUCCUUUAUGGUAUAGUAUUACCUUUCAAUUUAUUAUGGUGCUGAGUGCUGUGUUGUCAUUGAUAGUAACACUGGAAAACAUAGUGAAACAUUGGGCGGUAAAAAUUUUUUUAAAUUCUUUAAUAAAAAUUACACUAUGAA